CAUUCAUCUGCGACAGACACACACACAUACACACACACACACACAGCCAGUGUUCAGCCUGGUACAACAGUCAACAACGAAACAAAAGCUCUGUUGUGCGAUCAGACCCACAUCACUGUUGUCUUCAGUCUGACAGCAGCACCAGGACUCUGCUGGUGCAUUAGAACCAUCAGAACCUGGAUCCAGCAUGGAUUCAAAGAGGAUCUCUUCAGCCUCUCAGCAGCAGGUCCGACUGAGGAAAAAGCGGACAAAGAGAGAAUGGAGACCGCUGGAGGACCGGAGCUGCACCGACCUGCCCUGGUUCCUGCUCUUCACCGUCUUCUGCGUCGGCAUGGGCAGCAUCUGUGGCUUCACUAUCGUCACUGGUGGCGCCGCUCGCCUCCUCUUUGGGUACGACAGCUACGGCAACACCUGCGGCCGACGUAACGAGAGAAUUGAAGGCAUACAGCUGAGCGGGCUUGACCACACCGACAGGAAGUUUGUGUUCUUCCUGGAUCCCUGCAACAUCGACAUUGUUCAGAGGAAAAUUAAGUCCAUGGCUCUGUGUGUUUCUCUGUGUCCCACUGAGGAGCUCAAGACCUACCAGGACUUGAAGAGGUUCGCCAUGAUGAAUGGCUCGGAGCUCUGUUCCUAUGAGUUACCGGCCCACAAAUAUCCGGCUCUACCCGAGAGGUUCUCCAGGUGUCCAAAACUUCCCGUCCCUCGCAGUAAGCCACUGCCACUCUUCAACCGCUGCACGCCGAUGGACGUUUCCUGCUAUGCCAAAUUCGCCGAGGCCGUGGUGACGUUUGUGGGGGACAGCAGCAUCCUGCACAGACUCAUCGCCGGCGUCGCAGCUAGCAAGGAGAUCAUCAUUGGACUCUGCGUCCUUGCUUUAGCUCUCUCCAUGAUCCUCAUGGUAAUCAUCCGGUACAUUUCUGCUGUCUUGGUUUGGAUCCUCACCUCUUUGGUGGUCCUGGGAUCCCUGGCGGGGACGAGCGUCCUCUGGUGGCUCUACAUCGACUACCGGCUGUAUGGGAACGACACGUCCUCCAAGGUUCUAAAGGAUCUGAAGGAGGAGGUGAAGGAGGAGCUAAGGGACAGCGGCCAGGCGCUGCUUGUGUACGCCGCCUCGGCCACCGUCUUCACAAUCAUCCUUCUGCUGCUGAUGCUCUUCAUGAGGAAACGAGUGGCGCUCACCAUCGCGCUGUUCCACGUAGCAGGAAAAGUCUUCAUCCACCUCCCUCUGCUCACCCUGCAGCCCUUCGUCACCUUCCUUGCCCUACUCCUCUUCUGGAUCUACUGGAUCUUGGUGCUGCUCUUCCUGGGAACCACAGGGAACCCAGAACAGAAUGAGGAGACGGGACUGACAGAGUUCAGACUGACAGGCUCUCUGCAGUACCUCACCUGGUACCACGCUGUGGGUCUGGUCUGGAUCAGCGAGUUCAUUCUGGCCUGUCAGCAGAUGACUGUGGCCGGAGCUGUGGUCACCUACUACUUCACCAGAUCUCAAACUUUUUACUCCAGGGACAAAAACCGUCUCCCAGUGACCCCUAUCCUGUCGUCGGUUCUGAGGCUGGUCCGGUACCACCUGGGUACUGUUGCUAAGGGAUCCUUCAUCAUCACACUGGUCAAGAUCCCCCGACUAAUCCUUAUGUACAUCCACAACCAGCUGAAAGGAAGGGAGAACGUGUGCGCUCGAUGUCUGCUGAAAUCUUGCAUCUGCUGUCUGUGGUGUUUGGAGAAGUGCCUCAACUAUCUCAAUCAGAAUGCAUAUGCAGCCACAGCCAUCAACAGCACCAGUUUCUGCACGUCUGCGCGUGAUGCCUUCGUCAUUCUGGUGGAGAACGCUCUGCGUGUCGCCACAAUCAACGCAGUCGGAGACUUUGUGCUUUUCUUGGGGAAGAUUCUGAUCAUGACGUGCACGGCAUUCGCCGGCGUCCUUCUCCUGAACUACCAGCGGGAUUACGCCGAGUGGCUGCUGCCGCUCAUCAUCGUCUGUCUCUUCUCCUUCCUGGUGGCUCACUGCUUCCUGUCCAUCUUCGAGAUUGUGGUGGACGUCCUCUUCCUCUGCUUCGCCAUCGACACCAAGUACAACGAUGGCACUCCAGGGAAGGAGUUCUUCAUGGAUAAAGCUCUGAUGGAGUUUGUGGAGAGCAGCCGCCGAUUGGAGCGUGCUGGGGGACGUGGGCGGAGCCGAGUGAAAGAGGCAACAUCGGAGGGGGCGGAGAUGAAGCCCAUGCUUUUCUGACAUGAUUUUCAAAGCUGCAGCUCCACAGCAGAGGCUCCAGGGACGAGCUCAGCUUGACCAAAAUCAGCUGCUGGGACUUGUUAAAGAGACAUUCCAGAUGUUUAUUUUUACCAACGUGUAACAUGUUUACUAUGGUUUCACUCCAGGGAAAACAAUAUUUUAAUAAGAAACUGGAAAAACAAUGUAACAAUGUAAUGAAGCACUUUAUCUGGAAGCGCUGCAGAUUUUAAACCGGCUGAUGCAUUUUUUCGUAGUGAUGUCCUUUUUUAUAAAACUCACCGCUCAGUUCCUAACGCCGCCGUCCGGACACUUUUCCUAACCUUUCUGUUCUGUGGGCGGAGCUGACUCCUCGCCUGGACUCCAUCAAAGGGGCGGGGUUGUAGACAGGUAGAGCAGCAGCUGAUUAUGCCGUCAGAGAGCGUAGUCUGGGGCUGCUGCAGGGCUGUCGCCAUGAAAAUGACAUGUUGGUUACUGGAUCAGGAAUCUGAUAGGCUGUCGGAUCAGUGACGUGUCGCUCGCCGCUUCAUCUGUGAGGUGGAACACCUUUAUCCUCCUCGAAAGUGUUUCCCGCAAAUCCAGAGAGAAAGAAGGUGAUUGGGCGGAGUUUCCUGCAGCAGACAGCCGAGUUCAGAGGGUCAGCAAUAACACCGGAACGAGUCUUCCUGCUGCUGUUCAUCCCAUCAGAAUGAGUAGGCAUCCAUCAGAUCCCAGCGUCCUCCCUGGCUGCCCAGUGUGACCCUGCAGGUGUCUGGAGUGGGACGGUCCGCUCUCCAGGCUGCGUCUCACGCCGAGCUGUUAAACAUUGUUUGACUGUAGCAUCAGUUUGUAACAGCCUGAAAUCUCUUUCAGAAAUACGUUCACCUCCGACGUCAUCCUGAGUCCUAACGCGCCGGCUAGACCAGCACUUCUUACUGGGAGGAAACCAGUGAGCCGGUCCUUGCACAGCAGAAGUAGACUGAGAACUAAGAACCGCUCUGGCGUCUACUCCUUGGAUUAUUACGAACCUUAUCGGUGGAUCUGCUGAUCUCUUUCUCAGACCUUUCCCAUCAUGCACCUCUGUCACAGCAGAGGACCAGGGAACCUGAAGGGGGAGCUGUUCUCAGAGUACGAUUUCCGGAUUGAUCCAAGUAGCUGAGCAGCGCAUGUAGACUAAUUGCACUAAAGAUGGAGUUUCUGCAACACUGACUUCAGACUAACAGAGCUGUUGAGUUUUAGAUUAAACGUGUUUGUAGCUCAGAAAUUUAUUCACUUCAUGUUCAUAAAUCUCGAAAACUAUAAAAAUAAUUUCUGGUCAUUUGACUGCUGUCACCAGGCAGAUUAGCUGCGGGAACUGAGUAGUUUCACUCCAACAUCAACAGGAAGGCGUCCCAUCAUAUUCCUAUAAAAUAUGAGGGAAAACCCUGGAAUUUGGCCUGGAAAGUUUGGGUGGAAAACUGGGGUCAGAUUAGCGGCCUCAAAGUAACAUUUCAAAAUAAGACAGGAAGUCAUCUUGACAGGGUUUCUAUGCAGCAUUUUCCAGGUUUGAAGAAGUAUGGAAAAAAUAAAAUGAAUAGAAAAUCGAGUUUCCAGACUUUAUGCUUUUAUCUAAAAUAUAGUGAUGUGAAUAUUCCUAAAGAAUUUAAACUUGAAUUUAUAUUUUAAUGAAAUCAUCUAACUUACUGCAGAGAAAUCCAGAUGGACCAUUUUACUGCAGGGUUUUGAACUGGACCCAUGGUUCAUCAACUGGUGCAGAUGCCAAAUGAACUAUUAAUACUGCUAUUUUAUGAAUAGUUCCAAAACAGCAUAAAGCUAUUAAAGAUCCCAAAUCCUGGAUUUAUUGUUGGAUAAUCUGCUCUUGAUUUGACUGCUGUACGUUUCACAGAUUUUUAUGAAAAUCUGUGAAUGAACUUCAGCUUUGUGUUGCUUCUUGUUCUGAGGAAGAUCUGCACAGAUAAUAGAACCCAACAUGGAAAAUAUUUCGAGUUCAGAUGUUUAGAAGCUGGAAAAUGAUGGAAUUUUGAAAUGGAGAAUAGUAGGAACCCUGUCAUGACUGAAAGCAUCGAAGAUCUGCUCAGAAUCCGGAAAAAAGGAUCUACUCCAUUAGAAAAUGUGUUUCUAAACUUUCUGGCAGAAUCGUGCAGAAAACAGACUUCUGGAUUAGGGAUCCUGUUUCUGUUGGAGAAAAACUUUUCAGUCUUCAUUCAACCAAUCAGUGCACAGGCUCCUCCCACUGAAGGUAAGCAAGGGUCAGAGAGGUUCUGGUCAUGUUCUGAUCCAGAGCCAAUUAGCUCUCAGGUUAAUUUCAGAGGGAAGUCCAAACUGGUGUGAAACCUCCAGCAGAUCUGUCCUGCUAAUCAAUCGCUCCAGAUCAACACACCUGGAGCGAUUUUCCAGCAGACCUGCAGCUUGGAGACUUGAAGCUUCCUGCUCAUCAUCUGCAGAUGUUCCUGAAACGUCCCUCUGAAAUACCAACCUUUAUGAGAGUUUCUGCACUGAGAUGUCCAACCUGUGGACCAGAGUGGCUCCGAGUCUUCACCACCACGUUUCUCUGACUGUUUGCAGCUGAUGAAGCUGAUGCAUGUCCAUGUUCUGGAGCCUGGUUUUUCUGCUGCUGGACUCCCAGGCAGAGUUUAACCGUCAGGUGUGACACUAGUGUUUAGCUUUUCUCUGCAGUAACCAGUCAUUUGUAACACUGAAGAACUUUGCUUUGGUUCUCCGUUGGUUUUUAUAUCAUUUCUUAUGUAUCUUUGUUUUAUAAAAAAAAUUAAAAGCAGAUUUUCAGUCA